AUGUUUCCAAUUGUAAAGGGCCCACGGCUAUCAGGAGCUGACGAUAUUCUUAUCAGCAAUAGACGAGUGCAGGGUCGGGAGGUAGGGGGCACGGAGGAGACGCGCUCCGGGGGGCUGCGCCCGGGCGUCCGUGCUCGUGCUGGCACGGACGGAGCGGAGGCCCGGCGAGCGGCGUGCCCGGGUAUUCCCCCGGGGAGCGGGCAGCCUGGGCGGGACUCGCUCUUCCUCUGGGUGGGCGCCGCGCCCGCCCUGGCCAGCCUGGCCGUCGCCAUGUGCAGCCCCCGUGACAGCAUCCCGGUGGCCGCCUCGCUCCUGGGGGACCCGUCGGACACCGCCUCCUCCUGCCUGGCGCAGCGCUUGGCCAGCAAGACCAAAAAGCAGAUAUUUGUCAGCUACAAUCUUCAAAACACAGACAGCAAUUUCACCUUACUCAUAGAAAACAGGAUCAAAGAAGAAAUGACAGCUUUUCCAGACAAGUUCUGAUUGUGCAUCAUUGUAAAAGAAGAUGGUUUUGUUUCAGAAAAACUGAUUUCAAUUUUCACACUGACAUAAAGUCAGUAUGUUUCUUUUGUAUUAUUUUGAUUGAAUUCGUGGUUGUUAUUAAAUAGAUACACUUGACUUA